UCGCGUGCGCCUAUGCCUGAAGGCCUUCAGUAUCCAGCCGAAGCAUUGGCGCAUGUCAACGACACUCUUCGGCCAGGCGAUAUCAACGGCCUGGUUUCUAUCGCCUCUGUCGACGAGGCCCAUGCUGCUAAUCGGGCGCGAUGGGUCAAAUUCGCUAUUCUGUUGUAUAACUAUGAUAUCGACACCGGGCACUGUCUCCUCGAUAAUUACAUGCCCUCAGAGGCUAUCUUGAACCCAGAAACCACCACCAAUCCUUCGAUAGAGGAUUUUCUGUCCUGGCAGGAUUUGGAGACCGCAAACUUCAUCAAUAUCUAUCUCACACAUACUGGCACCGUACUCAACUACGGGUAUGCAGGCCCAUAUAUACUGGUUGAUGAAGAGGGUCUGAGAACUGGUCGUUUGACAAUGGUCGAGUAUGAAAUAAAUGGGACUGUGAAGGAUACUCUUCACAUCUGCCCGUUCAAUAUGCGAAUGCCAUACACACACGCUUCGACGCUUGGGAAGGGUCUGGAUGAGAUCCGUCAUGUUCAGGGUGGCUAUACAUACCAAAAUCUGCCACUUGACAUGGACCUACCGAUCAUCGAUGUUCUCUGUCAAGCCAAGGCUGCUGACCAACUACCACAAACGAUGAACUUGUCUUACCGAGAGCAAUGGAUGGAGGAUGUCGAGCUUUAUGCUCCGGGCUAUCUGGCCCUCGAGGCUGAAGGGCGUGCGGGAGAGUAUUCCAUACACCGUCUCACUAGACCAGACUCCGUCGAGACAACCAAAAAACAGAUUUGGAACAGGCUGCGGGCCGACCCGAAUCUCUUUGCCCCCAAUUUUCAAUUCCUAGGCUAGUUUCAAAUGUAUCAUUAUCUUCACGAUGCCUUUUGAAACCGAUGUUCCAGACUGUUCCAUAUGUUCAUAAUUCUCUUCUCCGGUACAUG